AUGUGGCUGAUCCGACGAAUCACUUCGUACUUCUUUGCCUUCUUCGACACCAUAAAGAGGCAAUUGGGGCUAUCUGAAACACACUUUGCCCUCACCGAUAAGGUUGUCACCGAGGAUGUGUUAAAGAGGUAUGAGCAAGAGGUUUUGGAAUUUGGAAGCUCAAGCAUUAUGUACACUGUAAUGGCAACAUCGGCAUUGCUGAACUUGGUGAGCUUAGUUUUGGGGACAAAGCGGUUUGUGAUGGAUUUAGAGUUGAAGGCCUUAGACCAGUUCAUUAGUCAAGUUAUUCUUUGUGGCAUAUUGGUUUUGAUCAAUAUACCAGUGUAUGAAGCUCUCUUCUUGCGCAGUGAUAAGGGCCAUAUACCAUCCUCUGUCAUGUACAAGUCUGUUUUUGUGCUCACGUUGGCAUGCUUGAUGCCUAUAUACUAGGAACGCUUGCUCAAAGAUUGAAGAAUAAUCAUAAUAUAAACUAGCAUUCCCUAUUGGGACAUGCUUAAUAA